AACCAAAGAGAAAAGCAAACGGGCGGCCACCAAAGAGGAAGGAGAGCAGGAUGCAGAGUAGAUCGGUUCGUUGUGAAUUAGGUUUGCAUGCUCACCACCCGCCCAUGGCGUGGCGUGGGACUCCUCACUUCUAGUGGUGGUUGCGAAUCGGUAAACGGCCUCAUUCCACCCCCCCCCCCCCCCCCAAGACCCCGAGCCCUGAACCAGUCAAGCCCACCACCCUUCCGCUUCACCCUCCCUUAUAUCUCUCCCACCUCUCCAACCACUGUUUCACAGCUUUAUCGCCAUAUCUCAGUCUCAUUAGCUCCCAAGAAGAAGCUAGCUAGGGGAGGAGCAAAGCAAGAACAGGGAGAUGGAGGGUCGAUACUCCGGCCGGACGAUAUCCGGCUCCAUUGUGUCGGAGCUCGAAGGAGCGCUCCUCAAGGACACCGACCCCUUCCCCUACUUCAUGCUUGUCGCCUUCGAGGCAUCCGGCCUGGUCCGCUUCGCCAUCCUGCUUCUCCUGUGGCCGGUCAUUCGCUUGCUUGACUUGCUCGGCAUGGGCGAGCUGGGGUUGAAGCUUAUGACAUUCGUGGCGGUCGCCGGGGUCCGGAUGUCGGAGAUCGAGGCGGUGUCGCGCGCGGUGCUGCCCAAGUUUUACAUGGAUGAUGUCGACAUGGCGGCGUGGGGCAUGUUCAGCUCGUAUGAGCGGCGGGUGGUGGUGACGAGGUGCCCGAGGAUCAUGGUCGAGAGGUUCGCAAAGCAGCACCUGGGUGCCGACGAGGUGGUCGGGUGCGAGCUCGAGGUUAACCGGUUCGGGUACGCCACCGGGCUUCUGAACAGAGCCCGGGGGUCGGUCGCCGAUCGGAUGCUAGAAUUGUUUAAAGGCGAUGCGCCGGAUAUCGGUUUGGGAAGUUCAGCGUCGGCUCGGUCGUUCUUAUCUUUCUGCAAGGAACAGCACCGCCCACCAUUUGCUGCCGAUCUCAAGCAUGGCAACCAGUUGAUCCGCCCGCUCCCAGUCAUAUUCCAUGACGGCAGGCUCGUUCGCCGCCCGACGCCAUUCAUGGCUCUCCUCAUCAUCCUCUGGAUACCAAUCGGCAUCAUAGUCGCCUUCGUACGCAUCACCGUCGGUCUAAUCCUCCCAUUGCAAUUCGUCCCUUGCAUCGUCGGCAUCUUCGGCGGCGAGGUCAUCGUGCGAGGCCGCCCUCCGCCGUCAGCGUCCGGCUCAACAAGUGGAGUCCUUUUUGUGUGCACCCACCGUACUCUCAUGGACCCAGUGGUCCUCUCCGUGGUCCUCGGUCGCAAGGUCCCAGCCGUCACCUACUCCAUCUCCCGGCUAUCGGAGAUCCUAUCGCCGAUCCGCACCGUCCGGUUGAGCCGAGAUCGUCGAGUGGAUGCAGAGAGAAUAAAGAGCGAGCUGGAGAAAGGUGACCUCGUAGUGUGCCCGGAGGGCACGACAUGCCGAGAGCCCUUCUUGUUAAGAUUCAGCGCCCUGUUCGCCGAGCUGACCGACCGGAUCGUGCCGGUGGCCAUGAAUUACCGUGUCGGAUUCUUCCAUGCAACCACUGCUAGGGGCUGGAAGGCCAUGGACCCGAUAUUCUUCUUCAUGAACCCCAGGCCGGUGUAUGAGGUGACAUUUUUGAACCAGUUACCGGCGGAGGCGACAUGCUCCGCCGGGAAGAGCCCGCAUGAUGUGGCCAACUAUGUGCAGAGGAUCUUGGCGGCCACGCUCGGGUUCGAGUGCACCAACUUCACAAGAAAGGACAAGUACCGGGUGCUCGCAGGCAAUGAUGGGACCGUGAGUUUUAAGUCCGCGACGCCGUGGAUGGGAAGGGUGAAGGAGGUGCUGGGCUUUCUGCUGCACUAGUGGUGUCCACGGGGCUUGGCCCAUUCCUCCGGAAAAGAACGGGUUUGAGCUUGCAUAUUAUGCGCUUUGCUUUGUGUACAUAUAACAGUGGAUUCUUGUCUUUAUGAUUCUUUGAUGUACUAAUAACUGGGUCUCGUUUGGGUUCCAAAUUUGUUUUUGCGAGAGAUGGGCAUGUUCUUCUUACUUGUAAUUAGCAGAACUCUGGGUCUCCAUGCUGCGCUUUUACUCUAUUUUAGAAUCAUGCUUG